CGCCAGGUCCGGCCGGGAGAGGAGGGGCCGGGGCUGAGAGGGAAGUGGGCGGGAGCGCCGCCGAGUCGCGAGAGUCGCCGGCGGCCGGGGGCGCCGGGCAGGUGGGAGCCCUCGCGGGCCGGGCCGGGAUGAGCAAUGGCAUCGGUCAAGGUGGCCGUGAGGGUCCGGCCCAUGAAUCGCAGGGAAAAGGACUUGGAAGCCAAAUUCAUUAUUCAUAUGGAGAAAAGCAAAACGACAAUCACAAACCUAAAGAUACCAGAAGGAGGCACUGGGGACUCAGGAAGAGAGCGGACCAAGACCUUCACCUACGACUUUUCUUUUUAUUCUGCUGAUGCAAAAAGUCCAGAUUAUGUUUCACAAGAAAUGGUUUUCAAAACCCUCGGCACAGAUGUCGUGAAGUCUGCGUUUGAAGGUUAUAACGCUUGUGUCUUUGCGUAUGGGCAAACUGGAUCGGGAAAGUCAUACACUAUGAUGGGAGAUUCUGGUGAUUCUGGCUUAAUACCUCGGAUCUGUGAAGGGCUCUUCAGUCGGAUCAAUGAAACCACCAGAUGGGAUGAAGCAUCUUUUCGAACUGAAGUCAGCUACUUAGAAAUUUAUAAUGAACAUGUGAGAGAUCUCCUUAGGCGGAAGUCAUCUAAAACCUUCAAUUUGAGAGUCCGUGAGCAUCCAAAAGAAGGACCUUAUGUUGAGGAUUUAUCUAAACAUUUAGUACAGAAUUAUGGUGAUGUAGAAGAACUUAUGGAUGCGGGAAAUAUCAACCGUACCACAGCGGCGACUGGAAUGAACGACGUCAGCAGUAGGUCUCAUGCCAUCUUCACCAUCAAGUUCACUCAGGCAAAAUUUGAUUCUGAAAUGCCGUGUGAAACCGUGAGUAAGAUCCACUUAGUCGAUCUGGCCGGAAGUGAGCGUGCAGAUGCCACCGGGGCCACCGGGGUUCGACUGAAGGAAGGGGGCAACAUUAACAAAUCGCUCGUGACUCUGGGAAACGUCAUUUCUGCCUUAGCCGAUUUAUCUCAGGAUGCAGCAAACCCUCUUGUAAAGAAGAAGCAAGUUUUUGUGCCUUACAGGGAUUCUGUUUUGACGUGGUUGUUAAAAGAUAGCCUUGGAGGAAACUCUAAAACUAUCAUGAUUGCCACCAUUUCGCCUGCUGAUGUCAAUUACGGAGAAACCCUAAGUACUCUUCGCUAUGCAAAUAGAGCCAAAAACAUCAUCAACAAGCCGACCAUUAACGAGGACGCCAACGUCAAACUCAUCCGUGAGCUUCGAGCUGAAAUAGCCAGACUGAAAACGCUGCUUGCUCAAGGGAAUCAGAUUGCCCUCUUAGACUCACCCACAGCCUUAAGUAUGGAAGAAAAACUUCAGCAGAAUGAAGCAAGAGUUCAAGAAUUGACCAAGGAAUGGACAAAUAAGUGGAAUGAAACCCAAAAUAUUUUGAAAGAACAAACUCUAGCCCUUAGGAAAGAAGGGAUUGGAGUCGUUUUGGAUUCUGAGCUGCCCCAUUUGAUUGGCAUUGAUGACGACCUUCUGAGUACUGGAAUCAUCUUAUAUCACUUGAAGGAAGGUCAGACAUAUGUUGGUAGAGAAGAUGCUUCAACAGAACAAGAUAUUGUUCUUCAUGGCCUUGACUUGGAGAGUGAGCACUGUAUUUUUGAAAAUGUUGGAGGGACGGUGACUUUGAUACCCCUGAGUGGCUCUCAGUGCUCUGUAAAUGGUGUUCAGAUCACGGAGGCCACACACCUCAAUCAAGGUGCCGUGAUUCUCUUGGGAAGAACCAAUAUGUUUCGCUUUAACCAUCCAAAGGAAGCUGCCAAGCUCAGGGAGAAGAGGAAGAGUGGCCUUCUGUCCUCCUUCAGCUUGUCCAUGACUGACCUCUCGAAGUCCUGUGAGAACCUCUCCGCGGUCAUGUUGUAUAACCCAGGACUUGAAUUUGAGAGGCAACAGCGUGAAGAACUUGAAAAAUUAGAAAGUAAAAGGAAACUCAUAGAAGAAAUGGAGGAAAAGCAAAAAUCAGAUAAGGCGGAACUGGAGCGGAUGCAGCAGGAGGUGGAGACGCAGCGCAGGGAGACGGAGAUUGUCCAGCUGCAGAUCCGCAAGCAGGAGGAGAGCCUGAAACGCCGCAGCGUCCACAUCGAGAGCAAGCUGAAGGAUCUGCUCGCCGAGAAGGAAAAGUUUGAAGAGGAGAGGCUGAGGGAGCAGCAGGAAAUCGAGCUGCAGAAGAAGAAACAAGAAGAAGAGAGCUUUCUCCGUGUCAAAGAAGAACUCCAGCGGCUCCAGGAACUCAACCACAAUGAGAAGGCCGAGAAGACUCAGAUAUUUCAAGAGCUGGACCAGCUCAAAAAGGAAAAAGAUGAACAGUAUGCCAAGUUUGAGUUGGAAAAAAAGAGGCUGGAGGAGCAAGAGAAGGAGCAGGUCAUGCUCGUGGCCCAUCUGGAGGAGCAGCUGCGAGAGAAGCAAGAGAUGAUCGGGCUCCUCCGGCGAGGGGAAGUGCAGCGGGUGGAGGAGGAGAAGAGAGCCCUGGAAGGCAUCCGGGAGGCCCUUCUGCGGGUGAAGGAAGCACGGGCCGAAGGGGACGACGAUGGCGAGGAGUUAGAAAGGGCUCAGCUGCAUUUCUUAGAGUUCAAGAGCAGGCAGCUGGUCAAGCUAGCCAAUUUGGAGAAGGACCUGGUUCAGCAGAAAGACCUCCUGGAAAAAGAAGUUGAAGAAGAGAAGGAAAUCCUAGAACGUUUAAAAUCUGAAAAUGAAGAAGAAUUUGGGUUAUUGGAAAAAAAUGAUGAUAGUGUCACCUUGGGGACUCAAAAUUUAGAGAGAAUAAAGCCAGCGGAGUACAGGCUGCAAUAUAAAGAACGCCAGCUCCAGUACCUCCUUGAGAAUCGUUUGCCAACUCUGUUAGAAGAAAAGCAGAGAGCGUUUGAGAUCCUUGACAGAGGCCCUCUUGGCUUAGACAACACUCUCUAUCAAGUGGAAAAAGAGAUGGAGGAAAAAGAGGAACAGCUUGCGCGGUACCAAGCCAAUGCGAGCCAGCUGCAGAAGCUCCAAGCCACUUUUGAAUUCACUGCCAACAUCGCACGUCAGGAAGAAAAAGUGAGGAGGAAGGAGAAGGAGAUUCUUGAGUCCCGGGAGAAGCAGCAGAGAGAGGCGCUGGAGCGCGCUGUGGCCAGGCUGGAGCGCAGGCACUCAGCCCUGCAGAGGCGCUCCACCCUGGGCUUGGAGAUCGAAGAGCAGAGGCAGAAGCUGGCCACUCUGAACAGCAGCAGCAGCAGCGAGCAGUCGGGGCUCCGGGCCAGCCUGGAAGCCGAGCAGGAAGCCCUGGAGAGGGACCAGGAGAGGUUAGAACAUGAAAUCCAGCAAUUGAAGCAGAAGAUCUGUGAGUUUGAUGGUGUUCAAAAAGGGCAUUCUGAGACCUUGGAGGAGAAAGCUGCUUCUUCCCGCUUGCCAUCCAGUGCUGAAAAAUCUCACCUGGUCCCUCUGAUGGACGCCAGGAUCAAUGCUUACAUUGAAGAAGAAGUCCAAAGACGUCUUCAGGAUUUGCAUCAUGUGAUUGGCAGUGACAGCAAUACCUCUGCAGAUCUGAUGAAGGAUAAUGAGAAACUUCACAAUGGCACCAUUCAACGUAAGCUAAAAUAUGAGAAAAGGUAUCUUGCCCUGCUGCCGCCCAGAGAUGGUACUGACACUUCCAGCAGAGAGGAGAGGAGUAAGGUGGGUCAGAACAACCACCGGAGUCAUCCAAGGACACAGAGCAUCUCAGGCGUGACAACUCCCUCCUCAGCAUCACGAGAGAGAACCCACCAGCAAAGGGAUCAGCCUUCAAUACACGAGAUGCUGCAGAACAGUGAUUGUCCUGAGCACAUGGGCGGUUUUCAAGUAAAACAUUUCAGUCUACCUAAAAUUUCUUUUAUUAACGAAAGCAACACCAGCGAUGCUGAACAUUUGCAGGGUAAGUCAGAAAACUUCGGUGAGUCGAUGACUCAUAAAGAUGAACACAGCUUGGGAAUCGAGUCCAGCUGGACUUGGCUGCAACAUACGUCCCAGGAAGUGUCUAUAAAUAGUGGAAGCAAGCAGACCAGGCAAAGCAAGUUACUGUGCGUUGUUCUUUCUGAAAGUGUUUCUAGCAAGGAGAGCGUUUCCGACAGUGUUCCUCAGAGCGCACCAGCCUCAAAGUAUUGUAGGGUGCAGCAAACUGAGAAUGAGUUAGCUGCUGAAACCGUUACUUCUCCAGAGUUGCUGACUGAUAUCAAGACAGAAAGAAACAGUGGAUUGGGAUAUUUUUACCACAAGUUCUCAGACCUUUAUAAAGAUACCAGCAGUCACCUGCUACAGGCUGGCACAAGGGUGAUCAGCCAAGCCAGGCAUGUGGGGAGCCUGUGUGACCCCAGUGGGCUCACCUCCCACAUGACAAUGUUCAUCAGAAGAAUGCCAAUUCUGAAACACUUACCCCUGGAUGUGCCCUUGAAGUCAUACACGGUGUCAUUAGAAUCUCAUUCUUUUCCCCAGAAAGCUCAGGUUGGCAGCAGUGACAGCAAAGAGGCCAGGGCCAUUAGGCCAGCAGAGAGCAUCAUGCCAUACAGAGCACCGGGCCCUCCUGCUGCCCUCUCAGCCACAGAGUUCCCAGGGUCCUCGCUCUGCUCAGUUUUCCGCCUGGAAUAUGCAGAUACUAGAGGGAGCCCUGCAUUCAAGCAGAUGCUUGUGCGGUUCCCAGACGACAUGCUGGAACUCCAAGAGGGCCCUGUAAAAGACCUUCUUGAGCACGUGGCUUGUUCCCCACCAGAACUUCUGGGUGACAUGAAUGAAGUCAGAGGCAUUUACUGGCUUGCUGUUGCAAACUGCGCAGAGCCGGACCCCCAGCCGGCAUGUCUGCUCCUGCUUCCUUCAGCUUUGUGUGCUUUGGUUCCGUCAGAUGACGGUCCAGGCUCUCUGGGCGUUUUUCACGCUCUCCCUCUCUCUGGACUACAGGAGAUACAAAUCGGCUUUGGUGGACAGAGCAUUCGGUUCCUGGGCUCUGCAGAGAGUCUCCUGCUCACUGUAUUUAGUUACAACAAAAACCUCUGUCAGCAGAUAUGCCGUGACCUCCUUUGUGUGCUGAUGCCCACAUCUGAGGCUGCUGCCUACACUAAGCAUCCUUUGCUCCAGGAAGAUCUGGUCCAGCUUUCUCUUGAUUGGAAAGCUGAAAUCCCUGAUUUAGUUUUGGCAAACGGAGUCCGGUUGUCAUCCAAAUUCAAGAAUACCUUGGUUGACAUGAUUUACUUUCUUCAUGGGAACAUGCAAGUCAACAUCCCCUCUCUGGCAGAAGUUCAGUUAUUGCUCUACACAACGGUCAGAGUCGAGGGCGACUCCGGCCAAGACUGUUGCCAGUCACUAGUCCUUCUGAACACCCACAUUGCACUUGUGAGGGAAGAUCGAGUGUUUCAUCCUCACACUCGGUCUCUAAGCAGACCUCCUCCACGCGCACAGUUUGACGUGAUCAAAUGCCGUGCUUUAAGCGAAUUCAGGUGCGUCGUUGUUCCAGAGAAAACAUUAUCAGCAGUUGAACUUGUCUUUUUACAAAAACCUGAACUUCCACCAGAGUCAAGAAACGGUCCAUAUGGAGCAUGCAGCAAACAUAAGUAUUGCAUAAAAAUUGUGUUAUUCAUUAUGACUUCUUCAGUCUGCUUUAUGAUCCAAGUGGAUGACAAUGAGGAUUACGUUCAGAUCUCACCACAUAGGAGAAGCAGCCUCCAGCAGUUCAGAUUUGACAUGUCACUUCUCUCACCUAAGCGUACUUCUUACCUUGAGAUCAACUGUGGUCUGAUGUGAGACUUUGAUUUACUAUCCAUGAAGUACAUAUUGAGGUUGUCAUAAUGCCUGCAGAAGCCAGUAGAGUAGUGUUUGUGCCAUGAUCCACUGUGACUUCAACCCCAGAGGCCUCCGCCUGGCUCCACUGGCUCAUUUGUCGGGAGUUCUGAGGCCAGGACUCUACUGUAGUGGAGCAGGCGUGAGAGUCUCAGCGUGCAGCCCAAUGCCCCGUCUUCUCCAGUGUGGUGAGUUCCUGCAUCCGAAAAAAAUUAGGCUCAUACGUGCUUUGUUAUGUGGCAUUUUGCAUUGUUGUGAUAUAAGCAUAAACAUUUACAUUGUGGGACUUGUUAAUGCAUUCUAGACAAUACCUCUUUGAGUACUUUUGAAAAAGUGAUUUCAUCUGAAUUUGAUUAAAAUCCAUUUUACUCACAGCUGCGUUGUUUUGCAGACUUGUGGUUGGCAGGGUGAAUUUACUUAGUCUUUGUUGAAAAACAUUUCAAAACAGUUUGUCUCCCCGUUCUCAUUUCUUCAAAAAAUAUAUGUGCAUUCUUCGGAGAGAAUGCUUAUGCCUUCCAGCAAAAGUAAUUACAGUAAUUUUACUUACAUUCUUUUUCCUAGGUGAGUUAAAGUUUUGAAUAAGUAGAUUAGAGCACUUUUAUUAAUGCUUCUUCAAUGGUCAAGCAGUCUUACUGGAUAGACCAGUUUCUAGUGAGCUCAUUUUGUUAAUUUAGUUACACAGCCCCCAGUAGGCAUCUUAGACAAUUUUGCUUCAUUCCUUAAAGUGUCUUUGUGGUGGAUUUUAUAUCAGUCGGCUAUUGCCAAAUAUCCAUCAACCUCGAAAAUUUCAGUGGCAUGUGAAAAAGAAAAAGCUUUUAUUUCUCACAGAUGCUUUAUAAGUAAAUUGAGGUGGCUGUGCUGUAGGCUACAGGUCAUCUGCAACUCACUAGGGUUGGUCUGCACCACGUAUCUCAUUUUGGGGUCUAUGCCGAAGGAGCAGUGGCCAUGAUGAUGAUGACAGAAGCACAAAAGGGCAGCCAUGCUUUGUGUCUGCUAACAUCCCAUUGGCUAACUCAAGUCACAUGUCCAAGUCUAAAGUCAAGGGACAAGGAAGUACACUCCAUCUACCAAGAAGCCAUGGCAAGACUGUGAAUAUCUACUCCUCCUCUUCCUUCUCCUCCUCCUACUACAGGGGAGAGAAGAACUGAGAUCAAUAAUUCAAUCUACUGUGGAUGCAUUCUGUCAGGGUUUCCAGGGUUCUAUUGAAGAUAAAAUUUGGAUAAAACUUGUAAGACUUCUCCCUAAUGGAAGUAUUCAGGUACUGGGAAGAACAUAUAUCAUAGGACCUUUAAAAUUACUAGUUCAACUUGAUUUCCAAUUCAGUCUUUGCUUGACACCUCUAUGGAUGGGCUGAUCACUGUCUACUUCUGAACCAGUUGAUUUGUUGGGAACUGCUCUCGUUGUUAGACCCUUCUUCCGAUCACCUUCCUUGUUGUGAUCUCCAUCUGCAGUAUCUGUCCAUCCAUGGCACACCCCUGUAGCAGAGCAGAACAAAUCUGUUCCACAAUUUCUAUUAUAUCACAGGCCUUCGAAGAAGACAGUUAUCUCUCUCACCUUCUCUGAUUUUUCUUCUUUACCUCUAACACCCUUCACUCCCUCUGCUGUUUCUUACACAACACAAUUUCAAACUACUACCUUCUGGUCUCUUGUUAAGGAUGCACCCUUGUAAUUUUUUAAAGCCUCCUUUAUAAGGAAUAGAACUGAAUAAUCCAGUCGGUGAGAAGGAAAGAGAUUCUAUUAUAAAUUACUCAUUCUGCCUUUUUAAAAAAUAUCUAGUCAAAAUCUUUAGUUGUUGAAGUCACAGUGGAUUGCAGUGGUAACAAUCCCAACCACCCUGUAUGCUGUGGUCUACAAUGGACAGAGUUCUUUCCCAUGUAUUGUUCCUUUUGAGUCCCACAGUGAUCCUCCUGGGAUGGAGGAAUUGUUGUCAUUUAUCUCUAUUUCAUAUUUGGGAAUUUAACUCAGAAGGGAUCACUUGAUUCAGAAUUAGAGCUCAAACUGAGACUUUCUUCCUCUAGAACGUAUAUUCUUUCCACAAAGCCAAAGUCACCUGUUAGUCAUGGUUAUUCUUGACAUUGUCUGAGUAAAUUUUUAGUUUUUUCUUU